UUUCCCCUCUCCUCUCUCCCACUGUCUUUGCACACACCCCCACUUUGACUUUGACUACUCCCCACCACCACCACCACCACCACCUUCUCCACUCUCACUUCCACUCUCUUCUUCGGCUAAACCCUCCUCAAAAACCUCAUUAGUGGAGGUGGUGGUGGUGGUGGGAUGGGGAACUGCGCCGCCUCCCGCCUCGCCGGCGGUGGCGGGGGAGGCGGAGGCGGGUGGGGGGACCCCGUGGCGGUGUGCCGCGACCGGAAGCGGCUCAUAAAGGCGGCGGCUGACCGAAGGUUCGCGCUGGCCGGGGCGCACGCGGCGUACGCGGCGGCGCUGCGGUCGGUCGCGGACGCCGUGGACGUGUUCGUGGCGCGGCACACCGCGCCGGCGCCGAUACUUAUUACGCUCCCCACCCCGACGUCGUCGCCUCCCGGCUCGCCCAAGGCGGCGGCGGGGGCGGCCACGGCGGCGCUGACGUCGACGGGGGAGGCGGCGGCGGCGCGGGAGGAGGAGGGGGAGCGGACGGUGGAGGUGGAUGACGGCGGGGCGCAGUCGCCGGAGCUGGGGUGCCCCUACUACUACGCCCCGCCGGAGACGACGACGCCGCCGCCUCCUGCGGCUCCGGCGGCUGGCGGGUGGGAUUUCUUUAACCCGUUCUACGGGGCGGAGGAGGUGGCGGCGGCCGCGGCCAUCAGCGACGAGGAGAUGCGCGCGGUGAGGGAGCGGGAGGGGAUCCCGGAGCUGGAGGAGGCGGAGGAGGAAGACGACGAGGGGGCAAAGGCGGCGAGCGCCAAGACCCCCAAGGCAGCGGGGGCCUCUCUCGGAGUGGCCAAGCAAGAAGAGGGUAAAGACGUUGGCGAGGUGGCGGCGAGCAACAAUGGCGGAGGACUGGAGGUGGCCGUGUCGCAGCCGGGGCGCGAGCUGCUCGCGGCGCUCAAGGAGAUCGAGGAGCUCUUCGCGCGCGCCGCCGAGGCCGGCCAGGAGGUGACCGGCAUGCUCGAGGCCGCCUCCCGUGUCCCAGAGCUCAAAGAAAAUUCAUCAAAAAUAAUCCACGCCAUUACAUGGCAUCGAUCCCCGUCAUCUGUGUCCUCAUCGUACAGGAGUGAGCUGGGAGCGAGCUCGAAUAGUUUGUCAUGGACUGACAAGAGUGAAACUAAGAGUGAUAUAUUCGAUGAUUAUGGUGGGAUGAAGUCAGGAAGUCACUCACAGACUUUAGGGAGAUUGUAUGCCUGGGAGAAGAAACUCUAUGAAGAAGUUAAGGCUAUAGAUCAAAUCCGACAAACUUAUGAGAAGAAGUGUGUGCAGCUGAGGAACCAAGACGCCAAAGGUUCAGAGCUGCGCUGCGCUGAAAAAACUAGGACGACUGUUAGAGACUUGUACACAAGGAUCUGGGUUUCUCUACGGGCAGCGGAAUCCAUAUCUGAUAAAAUUCAAAAAUUGCGGGAUGAGGAACUGCAGCCACAACUUGUUGAGCUGUUGCAGGGGUUGACAAGAACUUGGAAAAUAAUGGUGGACUCACAUGAAACCCAGAGACAGAUAAUGUUUGAGGUGAAUUCAUUCACAUGUCCUGCUUAUGGCAAAUUCUGUAACGAUGCCCAGCGGCAUGCUACUCUUAAGUUGGAGGCUGAACUGCGGAAUUGGAGGUCCUGCUUUAUGAUUUAUGUCAACGCUCAGAAAGCAUAUAUUGAAGCUCUUGAUGGUUGGCUGUCGAAGUUUAUUCUAACAGAUACCAUCCGCUACUCUAGAGGGAUAUCAUCGAUUGCACCUGAUAGGUCCAGUGCUCCACCUUUGGUUGUGAUUUGUCAUGACUGGUACACUACGCUGUCAAAGUUUCAAAACAAGCGGGUAGCUUUCACCAUGAGAAACUUUAUCAGAAGCGUGAGAGUGCUAUGGCUCAAGCAAGGGGAAGAGCAACAGCAGAAAAGAAAGGUGGACAGUCUUGCAAAAGAGAUGGACAAGAAGAUCACUGCUUACAAGAGAGCAGAAAACAAGGUUAUUGAGACCAAGCUCCUGGAGCACAGGCCUGAGCAGGACGCUAAGCAGCGCAUGGAGCAGCUGUCAGAGAAGAAGGAGAUGCUGAAUGUACUGAGGAAGAGGGUCGAAGCCGAGAAGGCGAAGCACCAUGCUUGUAUGCGUGACACGCACGACGUCACUCUCAACGGAUUCAAGAUCGGCCUGGCCAGUAUAUUCGAAUCGCUGACCGAAUUCUCCAAGGAUUCUGUCAAACUCUACGAAGACCUUCUAACACAUGCUGAACCCAAAGAUUCAGAGAAUGCUACCGAGAAGCGGCCCUGUGUGGAGGGGCCAUACUCUCACAUUUCAGUGGAUGCUACAUGACUUUUUAGUGCCCCCACAUUUUAGUAGGAGCUUGUUGCAUUUGCCCCAGUUUUUGGACCCCAAGAAUCUGUGUGUUGAUGUUAACCUGUAGAGUAGUACCAUGUUGGUUGUCUCUGUGUGUGUGUGUGUGUGGGGGGGGGGGGGGGGGGGGGGGGGGUUGUAGGGCCAUUCUUGUGGGCAUCUACUUACUGCUUGUAAUUAUUCGUUUAGUUUGAUAUCAGGAGAGGAUUCUCUUUGUUGCCA